CUGGCCUCUGUUAAAAAGCUGCUGCUGUAGUUCAUAGCUGAUGGCUUUGAGUGUAUGAGUCGGAUUUAUCGACAGCUGUGUGUUUCUGUGUGUAUGUUGCACAGCGUAAUAAAUUUUGCAGCACAGAAUCAAAUACUUUGAAGUGUACAGCGUGUCAGACAGGACGACCGGGACCAGAAUCACUGCAUGUUUUUCAUUUAAGUCCAGUCUUAAACAGAUUCAACUAGGCAAGCCAGGUUUUUUUUUUUUUGUCUAGAACCCUCUGAGCAUGUUGAUUUAAGCAUCAGAAAACCAGGAAGAGGAAGAACGGGGGUGACGUUUUUAAUGGCGGGAUAAGAAACAAUGCUUGGAAAUGAACAUGUUUUCUUUGUUCUAUUUAUCUAGACCUGGCUUAAACUUUUCCAUACCGAGUAGGAACUCUGUUUCACGCAAUUAACUGGGAGUCUUCAGUGUAGAGCAGCCAGCCUACCUCAGUGGGAGUGGCUUAGUUCAGGAGGCAGAAACUCAAAAGCCAAAUUAAAUAGUCAUAUGAGUGAGAGAGAGAGACAGGUGGAGCAGGUUGACUUUUUUUAUUCAGCUUUAGUUCAUAAGCACAAUGUGGGCUCUAAAUGAAGAAGAAAAAAUGGACACAUCCGACACUCCAUGGUAUUGGUAUUAUCUGGAAGACUGUGGGAGGUGGCACAGAGUUGAGGAUGAUCCCAGCAACUCCAUUAGGAGUGAGGACAUGGAGGAAUAUUAUUUGAGGGACUCGAAAUGCAUUAUGAGCGUAAAUAUGUUGAACUUCCGAAGCAAGAUUGAUUUUUCAGCGAUGUUGCAGACCGACCUCGCCACAGGGAAACAAAGGAGAAUCCAACGCAAAUUUAGUCUUGAGAAAAGCUGUUCCUGUUUCUGUGGACCGCCUGUUUUCUGGGAAAACUUUGAUCCUACAGCUCCUUACCAGCUGAUCCGACUGAGUGAGCUCACCUCAGAGUAUAAGACUGUGGCAGAUUAUGUGAGCCAUGAUGGUCUCCUAUCCAAAUCCAUCGUAUCAAUAAGCAGAAUACAGAAUCUGGAACUCUGGGAAAUAUACUGCAGGAAAAAGAGACAGCUCAUGAAAAUUAAACAUGUCCAAGAUAUUCCUGAAAGGCGCCUUUUCCACGGGACCGACACUAAAAACGUGGACAGCAUUUGCAAGUAUAACUUUGAUUUACGGAUACCUAAGAAGAACGGAAGAACAUUUGGUAACGGUAUAUACUUUGCCAUCCAUGCAUCAUUUGCAGACAAAUAUAGUACCAACAGCACACUUCAUGGAAACACUAAAAGCAUAUUUCUUGCUCGGGUGAUGGUUGGGAAAUGUAACCUUGGAAAACCUGAUUUACUUAAACCAGACGAUGAAAACGCAUUUGACAGUUGUGUGAAUGAUGCCAAUAAUCCCACAAUAUUUAUUAUAUUUGAUCCCAAUCAAGUAUACCCGGAAUAUCUUAUAGAGUACCAAUAACCUCAGUCAACAUUAGUCAAUUUAUGUGGACGACAAAAAAUCUGUUGAAUAAAUAAAUGAAUUUGUUCAAUAAAGCUUUUUAGAGUAACAUUCCAUUUGAAGCCAACAGAGAGUUUAAAAUAUCCAGUAAUCUCAUUUAUUACAUAGUUAACAUUACAUAUCAAGUAUAAAAUUAUGUAACUUUUUUUCUUUAAACGACAUUUCUGUUGACUUCCAGUGCAUUAUAAUUACAAUGCAGACAUUCAGACUUAUAACAAUCGACUAAUAAACUUGAGAACCAAACCAAAGUCUAUGUGUGUGUUUCUGUUUUAUCCAUCUGUGUAUAUAAAAGUAAAUGUAUAAUCCUGACAGAACAGA